GUUUAGGGUCUGCCUACGGGAGACUACAAUUCGUGAACCUUGCUCAUGAACUUGCUUUGAACAUGGCGGAACAAUUUCGCGAAUUCGAGUUUCGUGUCCUGCUCGCUUCUCAUCCUAACGACUCUGCGACCUCCGCCCCUGCUAGCAAAUAUCGGUACCUGGCACACGCUUGCUACGUUGAUCUGCCUUCCAAAUAUGCUGAUAUAUCUAACCUGAUGGAGGCCGCUCUCAACACAGCGCGCGCAGAAGUAGACCCGCGCGACGUUGAUCUGGGCGGCACGAUGAAGGCCGACAUAUAUCUGCUUGCGAAACCACUUGAGCCUGAUGCUCGGACUAAGGAGCAAUACAAAGAACUGUGCAAGAACGUCGAUGAACCCUUUCUAAACAAGACGGGACUCAAGUUGAGCCCUCAGAAAUUGUUGAACGGAGUGACAACCCCGAAGAAUCUGGUUGCCGUUGUAAUACGAGUCCCAGCCGCCUACCCAGCUUUCAUCAAUCAGUACCGGGAUGUUUUCAUCGAAGUAACGGCAUUCGGAAGCUUCGACGAAACCGACCUCGAUCUGAAUGAUAUCAGAAGUGGAGCAUCGGACGCUGACUUCGUCAAAGAGUUUCACAAUAUGCUGGACAGAAAGCCAGGACUGACUGAAGAGUCGUCCAAGCUGUGCGGCGGUUCACAGCUUUGGGCUGACUAUGCCCUGCCUUACAAGAAAACAAGUGGUAAUCCAAUCGCCGAAUACGGGUCCGUCGAGGAGACAUCAAUCGAGCACGAGCCCUCCAGACCUCAGGAAGAGAUUCCGUGGCGCCUUGUCCAUCGACCUGAGGUGUGCCAUAUCAAUUGGGCUGCUUUCAUCAAGUGGGGGAGAUUUUGGCAGUCCUCGCCCGGGUCUCUGGAGAGAGCCUUAACGGAAGAUGCAGCGCAUGCACUCUUCUCCUUUGGCCUUAUGGAUUUUGUUCCAGAGGACAGAAGAUUCAUCGCCAGCG